AAGAUGAACAGAUUUCGCAAAAACCUCUACCAUCAUCCUGACCGAAUUCCCAAAUGCGGCGUUACACUAUUCUAUUUCAAUUCUAAUAGCCUUCGGCAAUAUCAGACGUUUCCCAGGCAGCGUCUACUCUCAGCGAUUGCACAUUGCUCAAACUAAAGCAAGUCUUUCCUCGAGACGUAGGGAAGAGUGCAGUAAAAAUGUAAGUGAAUGUUCGCGGUAUAUAAAGAAGAGUGCACCGGGGAUGCUGCAACACUCACGGAGAAAUCUUCAAGGGGCAAAUAUACAUAUACUGUGAAUUAAAACACCAUAAAAGACGGCAGAAAAGAAGAAACGAUGAUAGUCGAGAUUCUCUUCCUGAUUUGCGCGCUGGAGAUGACACGGGCUGGUAUUCAUCAAGGUUUUGCACUGCCUCCAAGAGGGCCAAGAUACUCGUCGUAUCCUUGCGCACCAGUUAGAAAUUCUGCAAGAUUCGAAAACGUCGCCCCUGCAAUCACAUGUGCAUUCAAAUUGCCAAAGUCAUCAGGAUCGUCAAGAGAUCGUAGUUCAUCGCCGGUUUACGUCAAAGUAUCUUCACCGGCUUCUUAUAAGCCAUUACCCAGGACCUCGUCUCUCGUUUAUGUUGCACCGCCUAUUCUGAAGACUGCAGGUGCGGUCGUGGCGACGGAGGAAGAUUCUAUGGAGAUGGAGGUCGAGCAUAUGUCUUAUCCAAAGUAUUCUUUUAAUUAUGGUGUCAUUGACGGAUACACUGGGGAUUCGAAAUCAGCAUGGGAGGAACGUGAUGGGGAUACUGUUAAAGGAGAAUAUUCUGUUGUCGAAGCUGAUGGUACUAUACGUACUGUAUCUUAUACAGCUGACGACCGUAAUGGAUUUAAUGCAGUUGUGACCAGAAGUGGCCAUGUUAAAGAUUCAGCUGGACCUGGUAAAAUGUUUGUACCGGCUUCUAUAAUGAAGAGUAAUGGAGAUAGGCGUAGACCCAGGCAUUGAAUUUCACUUAAUUAAUGCUUAAGCUGGUUUGUUACUUUUUUAAUUGUUAAGAAUAACAUAAAACUUUUUGGGAUUAUUAAAAACUUUUGUUUUUGCUCUCAUUAGUAUUGAUAUAUUUGAAUGAUGAGUAUUCAAAGAAUUAUAUGCAUUUAUGUGAAACGAAGGAGUGUCUGAAUCAUGCAAGUUGAUAGUUUUUAAGAUGACUAUUAUUGAUACUAAACGCGACUGCAUUUAGAAUCAGAAUAUUUAUUCAUACAUAUUUUGGACGGUAUUCUAAAACCUCAUGAGAAGUGUUGGUGUAACUUAAAAUAAUAUUUGUAUUAAUUAAAGAAUAAAUAAAAUCGGUCUUGUUUUUUAAUAUAAUGAUAGUAGAAAAAGAAAUAUUUGUAUGUACCAGGUACGAUAAGAGUGAGUUCUUUUUAUAGAAAUAAUACAAAAAUAUCUUAUUUAUACUUGCUUCACUGUACCGCCUAAUGAAUUUCAUUCAAGGAAAGUUACGACGAGAGAUUUAAUCAAGAAAUAUUCAUUAAAGUCAUUACAUCAUAUUGUAAGUAUGAAAGUGUACUGUUCUUGAGACUUUCAUGUAACUUUUUAUUAAUGGCAAAUACAAACGAAUCUUUUUUUAAUCAUC